CUCCUCCCUUUUUCUCUCUAAGGAUGGCCCAGAAGGAGAACGCCAACCCCUGGCCCUACGGCCGGCAGAUGGCUCCAUCUGGCCUGAGUACCCUGCCCCAGCGAGUCCUCCGGAAGGAGCCCACCACUCCAUCUGCACUUGUCCUCAUGAGCCGCUCCAAUGUCCAGCCUACAGCUGGCCCUGGCCAGAAGGGGGUGGAGAACAGCAGUGGGACACCCAACUUGCUAACCAGGCGGCCCUUCACAAUCGACGACUUUGAGAUUGGGCGUCCUUUGGGCAAAGGCAAGUUUGGAAAUGUGUACUUGGCUCGGGAGAAGAAAAGCCAUUUCAUCGUGGCACUCAAGGUCCUCUUCAAGUCUCAGAUAGAGAAGGAGGGCGUGGAGCACCAGCUGCGGAGGGAGAUCGAAAUCCAGGCCCACCUGCAGCAUCCCAACAUCCUGCGCCUCUACAACUAUUUUUAUGACCGGAGGAGGAUUUACCUGAUUCUAGAGUAUGCCCCCCGGGGGGAGCUCUACAAGGAGCUGCAGAAGAGCCGCACGUUUGAUGAGCAGCGAACAGCCACGAUCAUGGAGGAGCUGGCAGAUGCUCUGAUGUACUGCCACGGGAAGAAGGUGAUUCACAGAGACAUAAAGCCAGAGAAUCUGCUCUUGGGCCUCAAGGGAGAGUUGAAGAUUGCUGACUUUGGCUGGUCUGUACAUGCUCCCUCCUUGAGGAGGAAGACAAUGUGUGGCACCCUGGACUACCUGCCCCCAGAGAUGAUUGAGGGGCGCACACACAAUGAGAAAGUGGAUCUAUGGUGCAUCGGAGUACUCUGCUAUGAGUUGCUGGUGGGGAACCCACCCUUUGAGAGUGCGUCACACAAUGAGACCUAUCGGCGCAUCGUCAAGAUAGACCUGAAGUUCCCUCCUUCUGUGCCCACAGGAGCCCAGGACCUCAUCUCCAAGUUGCUCAGGCAUAACCCAUCAGAACGUCUGCCCUUGGCCCAGGUUUCAGCCCACCCUUGGGUCCGGGCCCACUCUCGGAGGGUGCUGCCUCCCUCUGCCCUUCAGUCUGUUCCCUGAUGGUCCCUGUCAUUUACUCAGUUAUGCCUGUAUUUGUAUGUCUGUGUAUAUGCAGGGGGAAGGAGGGUCCUGGCCUGUUCCCUUAUUUGUCUUCUACCUCCUUUUUGUUUAAUAAAGCCUGACGCUU